UUAUUUUUUCCAUUUUUUCUAUUUUUUAGAGCUGUUAAUUAGUUUUUUAAAUUUCAGUUUUUGUAAAAAAUGUGGCCACCGCCUAGGCAUAAUAUGCCAAUUCCUCCACCACCUAUUCAACCUUAUGGAAUGCCACUUCAUGGACAUCCACCUGAUCCUUAUAUGGAUAGAAGAGUUGGUGCUGGUGCUCCUCCUCCUCCUCUUGCUGGACCACAAUGGAAUCAUAGAGAAGUUGGUACUUGGAGAGUACCUGGAGAAGAUUGGCGGUCUGCUGUGCAUCACCAACCCUGGUCAAAAAUUAUUUCACUUCCUGUUUUUGUCAGAUCACGAUUUUUAUCAACGCCAAUAUGGAGGGAAUGUCCCAAUUGCUAG